UCAGACAGGUUUUUCUUUUCCAAGCAAGUAGCCUGCACUCUUGGGCAUGGACAAUGGAUACUUUAAGUCUGUCAGUGAACGCUGUGUCCUACACUGUGGCAGCUGAACUCCCCAUCACAGAUGAUCCCUUCAAUGGACCCAUCAGGAACAUCGCACCGUGGAACUUCACCAUCCUGGCUGUGCUCAUGUUCGUGGUCACCUCGCUGUCUCUGAGCGAGAACUUCCUCGUCAUGUUUGUCACUUUCAAGUACAAACAACUCAGACAGCCGCUGAACUAUAUCAUAGUGAAUCUGGCCAUCGCUGACUUUCUGGUCUCCCUCACCGGUGGAGUAAUAAGUUUCCUGGCCAACGCUAGAGGUUAUUUCUUCCUUGGGAAGUGGGCUUGUGUCUUGGAGGGGUUUGCUGUCACUUUUUUUGGGAUCGUGGCCCUGUGGUCCCUCGCCGUUCUGUCCUUCGAACGAUUCUUCGUGAUCUGCCGGCCUCUGGGGAACAUCCGACUGCAAGCGAAGCACGCUAUCCUGGGUCUGCUGUUCGUCUGGACCUUCUCCUUCAUCUGGACCUUCCCUCCGGUGCUGGGAUGGAACAGAUACACUAUAAGCAAGAUCGGAACCACCUGUGAGCCUGACUGGUAUUCAACCAACAUGAUCGAUCACAGCUACAUCAUCACUUUCUUCGCCACCUGUUUCAUUCUGCCUCUUGGAGUAAUAUUUUUCUGCUAUGGAAAGCUCCUGCGGAAGCUCAGGAAGGUAUCUCAUGGUCGUCUGGCCACUGCCAAGAAGCCAGAGAGGCAGGUGACCCGUAUGGUGGUGGUAAUGAUUGUGGCCUUCAUGGUGGGCUGGACGCCGUACGCAGCCUUCUCCAUACUGGUCACAUUCCAUCCAACAGUCGAACUCGACCCCAGGCUGGCCUCCAUCCCCGCCUUCUUUUCCAAGACAGCUACUGUCUACAACCCAAUCAUCUACGUCUUCAUGAACAAACAGUUCAGGAAGUGCCUAAUCCAGCUCUUCAGCGGCAUAGGGAUAAUCCCAGAGAGCAACAUGAACCAGACCUCAGAGCGACCUGGAAUUACUGCAGAGAGUCAAACGGGAGAAAUGUCAGCCAUAGCUGCCCGGAUCCCCGUGGGUUGCACUGUGUCGCCCAGGUCUGACGAUUCUCCAACCGACUGUGGCUCGUUCGCCCAGCUGCCCAUCCCAGAGAACAAAGUGUGUCCAAUGUAACCGUAAACCUCAUCCCAGUAGGUGUUCUCUUACUAUCCUCUGACCCCCCCCAGAAUCCAUAAUAACCUUCUGUAAUCGACAUACAGCGUGUUUCAAAAAACUGUUUGGACAAUGACAGAACUAUAAAAGUUUUUUAAUUUGUUGGGGUGAUGGAGGGUACGGUGUGAAGAACAGAGGGUCAACUUUUGAGACACUUCAAAUGAUUUCAGCACAAUUUUAGAAAAAGGUUUGUGCUCCAGCAUGUUUCGGUUCAAUGUUCGAUUAAAAAAGGCACAACAGAGGGGGCAAGAAGGAACUGUACAGACAGAAAUGUUCAAAGCUUUAUCCGCUAGAUAUCUCGUAAAUAUUUGCUUGCCGGCCACUCUGUCCAGUUAUUGGAGACUAUCUUGGACGUUCUCUUGACUAUCAUCGCACAGCUCACAUUAGAGGGCACUUGAUUCGACUUGAUAGCGUCUGCCUUCAUAUCCUAAUGAAAAAAGAGACUGCUAAAAAUGCAAAAGUUGACAUCAGUUAGUUGAGGGCUAGCCAGUUUUUUCAGAUAACACAAUGCAUCCAGGCCUUUCAUCUCGCCCUCGCCUUCUCCUUUGAAGCCGUGAUGGCGGCCCUGUAGAGAAAGCGUUGUUUUUCUAUGCUGUUUCAGUACUUUGCUUUGGCAGCGCAUCUUCAUUCAUCUCCGCUCGUCAAGAGGACGGAGCAACCUUCUGAAUCUGGAUACUUUUACUUUAGUUUACGGCUUGGGUCAAAGCUUUCAUCUUUAGCGAGGAUGGUCAAUGGGACUCGGAGAUGCCAGUCUCCUGUUGCCGCUGUUGCAGAUGUAGGAGGACAACAUAUUUAUGAAGUGCCAGCAGGGGAUCAACAAACACACAGAGCUACAAGCAACAUAUAUACAGUAUACACCACACAUAUGCAUACACACACUCACAGAUUGCAGUUCACUGCCUGUAUUAUGAUACGCUCUCGAUAGGCACUGUGAUGAUACAAUGCACCAAUAAAUAUAAUAGCACAAGAGUGGCUUAGCUAAGCAGCCAUGUACAAAAGCAAUGAGUAUUGCCAUCAUAAGCACAGGUCAACAGCAAUAUUAAAGCUAAAUACUGUCACACAGCUGAACACGUCAGCGUUAGCUACAGUAGAUGUAGUGCGUUAAAAUGUCUUCUACUUGACUUUGUGAUGCAUGUUUGUUCACUAUUACUGGAUAUUUGUCAAAACACUGUUGUAUUCUCUAUGCUGCACAGUGAUUCACCAUGUUAAAAGAAGUAACAGUAUGGUGUCUGUUUGCAAUGUACUGAGUGUGUGUUCCAAUCAUGUUUGGCCUUGGUCUGUUUAGCAUCUUUAAGAAUCAAUGCAUCUGUACUGCCAAAUGAAUUGUGAUACCUUGAUAUGAGUAGCAUAACAACAUGAGACCAUGGUGAAGACGACUGGCAGGUCAGCUUCAAUCUCACACCGGUAUUUCUCAGAAUUAACAUUAAUUUUUCAUGAAACUCGUUAUUUGUGAACUCUACAAUUUUUUAGAUAACCUCUAUGGAACUUAAACCUGCAUUAAUCAAUAGGUUUAUGUGUUAGCGAUUGACAAAAUGCCUUGUGUGUUGUGAAAGAGUUGCUCAUACUGCUAAAAUCACAGAGAAUCAUCAGCCAACUCAGCAGCUAGCAAAUAAUGCUUGCUUACCCAGAAGACCCAGGUAUUUUUUCUCACUUAGUAGAGUAGGGCUGUCAAUGGAUUAAAAUAUUUAGUCGCGAUUAAUCGCAU